AUGGAUCCCCAUUUUCUGUUUGCACAUUCUCAUCGCAGUUUGCGGUCAGAGCACACGCAUGCGCAGACUACCACGGAAAGUUCUGAGGAUGAACUAUUUGAUAAAAUAUUUUCAGGUCUGGGAACUUUUGUUGGAACUUUUUCCCUACCUGCGCUAAUAUUCGUCUCCCUGUGUCAACUCAACCUUACGUCGGUCAACUGGACUUUCCUGGCAGCAGUUUCUAUCGCUAAAUCUAUAGUUUUCUUCUCAGUUCUAGUCAUCGGAACUUUUAUACAAGGAUUCAAUGUGUCAAGUUCUCCACUGUAUGCAAUCUUCUGCACACAAUCCAACGACUUUGCACUUGGUUUCCCUGUCCUCUCCGCCCUGUACAAUAAGUCACAUCCAGAAUAUCCAAUGUAUUUGUAUCUGUUGGCUCCUGUUUCCUUGGCUGUUCUGAACCCUAUUGGGUUUGUUCUGAUGGAAGUUGGAAGGAGUAGAGAGGAGGAAAAUGGUACUAGCAAACCAUGCAGUAAAAUAUUCUUUAAAGUGGUGAAAUCGAUACUUACCAACCCUCUGAUCUUGAUGACUGUGCUUGGAAUGGCGGGAAAUCUGCUGUUUCACAGCGCAAUGCCGCCAAUUAUUCACGAUUUCAUGUCCGCACUUGGAUCGGCUUUUUCUGCUUCGGCUCUAUUCCUUUUAGGAUUACGAAUGGUCGGACGGAACAACGAAUCUGGAAAUCAGAACUCCACCCUGGUUCUUCCCUUUGUUCUGAUUGUAGUCAAAAGUCUAGUCCUUCCUCUAGUUACCAGGGAAAUAGUCUCACAGAUGGGAGCUGGUAGGACAGAUAAUGAAACAGAGAACUUGUCCAACUACGGUUUCCUCUAUGGAACUAUUCCAACUGCUCCUAGUGUAUUUGUCUACUCAACCCAGUAUGGGAUUCAACCAGAUAUGAUCGCCGGAACUAUCACCGCCUCGACCUUUAUCGCCGCACCUCUUAUGUUCAUCUCCGCCAAACUGUUAAUGAUUAAUAACCUAGACCCGGCAGAUUAUAUUCAAGAGAUCGACAUCUUCCUCUUCGAUAUCAGUAUUCUGGGUGCACUAGCUGCUAUCUGGGUUGUAUUUGUUCUCCUGAUAACCAAGAAAGCUUAUCUAGUUCCUCAUCAAAUUACACUGGUUCUAACCAUUUGUCAGGGAAUUGCUUGUUUCGGGGCAGUACUUUGGUCUUUCCUUGACUGUAGGCAUGGUUGGAGACUCAUCCUGCAAUUUAUAGUAUUUGGAUAUGGAGUGUUUGGUUCCAGAAUUUGCACGGCAGUGUUAGCUGUAACUUUACUGCUCCAGUCCCAGACGGGGAGCAGCAUGUUGAAGUACAAGCAGCUCCUUCUCGGUAUAGCGGUGCUGCUUCCCUUCCUUCUGGUCGCUGUGCUCACAAUUAUUGUUACCAUAGAGACAGAGCCUCAUGGAGACAAGAGAGAUCCUAACUUCCAGUACGGGGAAACUCAGGCUAUAACUGCUCUGGUUAUCAUUAUACUAAGCCUCCUUGUGACCGUUAUAUCCCUGAUUGGACAGCAAAGGAAUAUAAGCAGAAAAGAACAGAGUUCUAACACUGAACGGGAGAGUCUUCUCGGCCCUAAUCUACCGGAGGAUAGAGAGGAUGGAGAGGAUGCUCCCAGAUGCAACGGAGGACAGAGGACAGACAUAGAGGACAUGAUUACACCAAAUAAUAGACCAGCUUGUGCUAAUGGAAACGGGAACAGAAGAUACAGAUGUGAUUCUACACAUAGAGAAUACUGCUCAGGACUUAUUAGGAGGUAUGAGGUUCCGCCUGGAGAGGAUGCCCUAAGUCCUGACAAUGUCCUGGUGGCUAACACUGUAGCUGGUCUAUCUUUUCAGGAUGAGAGGGAGGAUACUUUGGAGAUAUUCAAACACAGAUUGCUCCUGGUUUUGCUGUCCAUAUCCAUGUUUGUCGGAGGGUCUCUUUGUAUCUGGACUCUGCUUAUGGAUAGAAUGAGUGGGAUCUACCUAGAGCUUGUUUUCCUGGAUGGAUUCUUAAAUCUGGGACAAUCAUUGUUUACCCUUGCAAUAUUUGGUAUUAACACAAAGGGAUUGUUGUUAAAUCUACGAGGUUUACUCCGACGACUAGUUUACCGUCGGGAUAAGAUACUUUUACCUGCCUGGGAGGAUUUAGAAGUAGAGGAUAGAGAUGUUUCAACCAGAUUUAUCCGCCAUCACCUGGAGAGAUGUAUGGAGGACAUACUUCAUGAUAUAAACGAGGGUCUGAGGCGCCAUCAUGCCUCGUUCUAUGGUUUCGAGCUGGUCACGUGGCUUGUUGAGUUUGGUUUGGCACGAACACGACAGGAUGCAGAAUCACUUGGUCGCCAUCUGAUCCGGGGACGUGUAAUUCGUCACGUGGAUGAUCAUCUGGACUUUUACGAUGGACGAUUCGUCUACACCUUCCUACCAGUAAAUCGGCGACUGAGAAACUAGAUCUUAAAUUUGAUAAGCUUAAACCAUUCCUUUUGCAUAAUGAAGAAUAAUUAUAUAUAAAACUAAUUAUAGUGUUGAUUUAGCUCAAAUAUUUUGCCUACAGUACCAAACAUCAAGUCAUAUAUUAAUUUGUCAGAAACUAAAAAGCUAGAUAUAUCUUAACUAAAAUAUGUCACAAACUGAUAUAUUAAUUUAUAAAAAAUUAGAUUGAAAUCUUAAUCCAAUUGCCCACGCUUUGCCAGCUUGUGAAAAUAAAAUGAAUGAAUGCCAAACUUAAAAUGUUUAAUCUUCCAGUACAAUCUAGAUGUAUUAUAUGAAUGUAUAUAGAUGUAUAUAAUUAAUCUUGUUGACCAA